AUGGAGUGUAAAAAAGUCAAAGAUCGCCUAGUCACGGAAUACUUAAAGAUUGAAUGUAGUCGACUUAACCGAAGGAUACGCUCCCUGAAAAAUCCAAAAGUUGAGCAAGCCCUACUGCAAUUCAAGAACUCACGUUUGGCUCACAUGAGAAAGGCUCAUCUGGAUGGAAUAAGAAACCCACAGUAUACGGAUGACGCCAUCUUUCAGGCAUUGGAAACCAUGGAUUUGGACCACAUAUUUGAGAAGGCAGGUAGUCUUUACAACUCACAGCAACAAGAUGAAUCAAAAAAAGAUUCCCUGGAUGAAACAGAUUUCACCGUGGUGGCGUUGCUAGAUUGGUUCAAGAAUGACUUCUUCAAAUGGGUAAACAAGCCACCUUGUCCUGUUUGCCAUAGUGAAGAUGAAAGCCGCAUAAGAAUGGUCGGAUCUGCAAGGCCCACUAGUGAAGAAUUGUCGUACGGAGCAGGGGUCGUAGAGGUGUUUAAUUGUGACCAUUGUAGCUGUGCAAUCAGAUUUCCAAGAUAUAACGACCCUAAGAAGCUCCUGAGAACUAGAGCUGGACGAUGUGGGGAAUGGAAUAACUGUUUUCUGUUGUGUCUAAAAGCCUUGGGUCUGAAAGCUAGAUGUGUGAGGAAUGUGGAAGAUCAUGUAUGGAGUGAAUACUACUCGGAACAUCUCAAGCGGUGGGUCCAUCUGGAUAGUUGCGAGAAUGCCUUUGAUCAACCAGAACUAUACUGCAAAGGUUGGGGGAAAAAGAUGAGCUAUUGUUUUGCUUUUGAUGACACUCUCAUAGAAGAUGUGAGUGCCAAGUACAUUACUCAAGGUAGACUGCCUAAAAUGCUAGACGACGAAACCAUCAGAAUAUGCUUGUAUUUUUUCAACCAGGAAGCUCUUAAGAUGGUGAGUGAAAAUCCAGAGGCAUUCUACUCCGCUUUGGUUAAGUAUCACAGAUGUCUGUCUGCGAAUAGAAAAGAGAGCGGGUCAAAAUCACGAGCCGUGAAUGCUAGUUUGACUUCAUUGUUACCACGACAAUCUGGUAGCGCAUCCUGGACGUCUGAGAGAGGCGAAAACGGACUUUAG